ACCCACACCAACAGGCGGCGGUGCUAAACCACUGAGACACAUCGCGAACAGAUGCGCUCAGUAUUACAGAAUUAUAACUGAUUUACUAUUUCUGAAUGAAUUACAUGUGGUUUAUCUCCUAGCACCGUGAGUGAGGGAUGAGCUGAGCUCCAGUGCUGCUACAACAACGGCUCCUCUGGUCUAACCGGCGUCAGGCAUGUUGUUCAGGAUGGUAAAACUCAGACUGCUCAACACUAUUGCACCAGCAUACUUCUACACGGCAACCGUGGUCACAUUCGCCCUCCACUUCCUCCUCUUCAUGCCCACUGUAUUCCAAAGGCAAGAUGUGAUGUUAAACCCCACCAUGCUGGCCCACAUUGCCGUCUUUCUAUUCUUCAUGGGGAACGCAUUGGGUAAUUACACAAUGACUAUACGGUAUCCAUCUGAGAGUGCCAACGAGACGGUUAUUCCAGUCUGUUCACCUGACUGCCCAGACAGAAUUGACGCACACUACCUCCUGAAUGGACGCCACUUCUGUAAAGUGUGUAAGAAAGUGAUUCUAAAACGGGACCACCACUGCUUUUUCACAGGAAACUGUAUUGGGAAUAGGAACAUGCGCUACUUUAUUAUGUUCAGCAUCUAUACAUCCUGCUGUUGUCUGUAUUCAUUGGUAAUUGGGGUGGCGUAUCUUACGAUGGAGUACUCCAUUUCCUUUGAGAACCCACUGACAUUCCUCACUCUUCUUCCACUGACAACAGGCUACUUCUUCCUUGGUUUGAUUUCAGGUCUCCAGUUCUUUCUGGUUGUAAUGCUGUACGUCUGGCUGGGUAUCGGACUAGUGAGCUCCGGUUUCUGCUGUCAACAGCUUCUACUUGUAGCCCGAGGGCAGACCUGGUGUGAGCUGCAAAAAGGGUAUUUGUCGGAGAGUCGCGGUACCUGGCGUGCCAACCUGACUGAUGUUUUUGGUUCCCGUUGGGCUCUGGGCCUUUUCCUGCCAGUUCAGACUGUUGAGACUGUACCUGGAAACUGGCAGGUCUACCAUGAUCACAAACAUGACUGAAAAGCCUAUCAGUGUGUUUAUUAUAAUUUGACCCGUGUGGACCAGACAUUAUGUGUGAUAAGGGCUUCAGUUCAUAAGACUUGUAUAAGCCUAAGCAACUGAUCUACCUUUUUAGUGGAUUUCUGUCAUCACUGCGCAAAUUAGGAGAGCGUUAUGUCACAAAGAUGUGGUAACCCCCAUAUCUAUGUCCAUCAGCACUGUACUGAAACUCAAUUUCAGCCCUAGUUCAGGGCAGCAGUGAUUAGCUGCGGUAACAUCAGAGAAGGAGGCCAAGAUUAAAAGAUGGAUGGGUUUACAAAACAACGCACACUAGGUAAUCAGCACACUAUUACACAAGUGGCCUGCUAAAUUGUGGGUGACUUUUACUUUAGUUAGAAUUUGAAUUUAAUUAGGAAUUUUUGCAUUGUAAUUUAAAUUGAAAUUCAAAAAAAUUAAAUACAGGUAAUGCAUUGUGGGAAAUGAAGUGUUCUUCCACCCUGGUCCACAAAAUGUAUUAAAUAUGACAAAACUACAUACUUAAAAUAAACAUACAAAGUACACCGCCCUUCAAAAGUUUCAAUACUUUUAUUCAGCAAGGAUGCAUUAAAGGGUUAGUUCACCCAAAAAUGAAAAUUCUGAUCACCCUCAUGUCGUCCACACCCGUAAGACCUUCGUUCAACUUUGGAAAACAAAUUAUGAUAAAA